CCGAAAAUGAGAUGCAAAUGUGCAGUUGUCCUACAUUUGGUGACAGCCUAGCUGCAGCAUGAUCAGAAAAUAACAGCCAAGAAAGAGCAAAAAACAUUGAAGUUGCAUUGAGCAAAAAUUCUGAACAGUACAAUAUUGAACAAAGGAGACAUUCCAGGAAUCAUAAUACGCUGUGCAAUUUAUAGACAAAACGAAGAAGAUUUCUCGAACUUGUUUGCAUAAGAAAUUACUUUGAAAAAUGUCUGUUAUAAUACGGCUUCAGAAUCUACCAUGGUCAGCAAAUGCAUUAGACAUUCGGCGAUUCUUCCAGGGAUUGACAGUUCCCGAUGGUGGCGUUCAUAUUGUUGGAGGAGAAAAUGGAGAUGCAUUUAUAGCUUUUAGUUCGGAUGAGGAUGCACGACAGGCAAUGUUGAGAAAUAAUGGCAAGAUAAAUGAUAAUUCAGUAACAUUAAUGUUGAGUAGUAAAACUGAGAUGCAAAAUGUGAUUGCGGUUGCAAGGGGACAGAUGCCUGCUAAACCCCCUGUGGCGUCAUCCUCUGGACCUGCCAAUACUCAAGCACCACCCCUGUCAUCUCAGGGAUUCGGCACCAGUCGUGACCCACCAGCAAUAGAUGCACCCAGGUCCAUGCCCCCAUUAGAUUUUAACAAUCUCAAUCGACCCUCAUAUUCCCAAGAUGGCCCCACAUUGGAGCAUCCUUUAGGACCUAACUUUAGACCACCUGAGUUAAAACUUCCUGAUCAUGAACCACACAGAUCCAUGGCUCCCCAACAGCCAUUGUAUCAACAGCCCCCAAUGAACCACCAAGGGAUUCCAAGACAGCAGUUCAAUGGCAAUCAGGCCCAUGUUUACAAUCAACCUCCUAGACAAGAGUUCAAUCAAGGCCCAAGGCCUGAUUUCAACAACCAAGGGCCCCCAAGGCAGGAUUUCAAUCAAAUACCUCCAAGGCAGGAUUUCAUCCAAGGACCAAGACCAGAAUUCAACCAGCCAAGACUAGAUUUUAAUAAUCAGCCAAGACCUGAAUUCCACAAUCAAGGCCCAAGACCUGAUUUCAAUCAGGUUCGUCCACAGAUGGCACCGGGUAUUCCAAUGCAAGGUCCGCCACGGUUUGAUCCCCCAUUCGAACCUCCUCGUGAUAACUUCAGGCCACCAGGGGGCCCAGACUUUGAACCAAGACACCAGUUGCCCCCAGCAUUUAGAGGUGAUCCCCAAGGCCCCCCAGUUCAGCAAGGUCCAUUACUAGCAACCCCUAUAAUGCAAGGAGGGCCCCCUAUGAGGCAGCCCCCAAUACAAAGUAACCUCCCACCCCCUGGAGUAGUUGAGCCUGAUCGUCUACCCCCACCUGGAAAUUUCCCCCCUGCUAAUUCAUUUCCACCAUACAGAGAUGGACCUGAUAUGGAUCGACGUUUUAACAAUGAUAGGAGAUUCUCACAAGAUCGGGAUCGGGAAGGAUUUCCUCCUCAAGGGCCGCCAUUGUUGCCUGAUGACCACGAUGACAGAAGAGAAAAAGGGCCACCUCCCCAUGGCAUGCAUGUUGAGAUAAUUGGUAUGCCAAAGACAGUGAAAUACAGCGACGUUAGGUCAUUUUUUCAGGGAUGUAGAAUUUCCCAGGAUGGCCUUAAAUUGAUCAACACGGCUGUGGGAUUAAGGACUGGAAGAGGGUUCAUAAAGUUUUAUUCUGAGGAAGACUGUGAAAAAGCACUGCGGAGGAAUCAUCAGUUCAUGGAAGAAUGUAUGGUUUCUGUUCGUCCCUGUGCCCCUGAGGACUUUGAAAAUGCCAUUGAUUCAUACACCCCUGGGGCACGUAGUAGAGGUGAAUUGCGCUACCAGACUCCCCCUCCUCGAAGAAUAAGAAAUCGUUCAAGGUCAAGGUCACCUAGGCGAAGGUCAAGGUCACCUCAUGGUCAUAGAAGGUCACCUCAUAAGAGAGGCAGAUCCCCAGGUAUGAGGUCAAGAUCGCCAAAAAGAAGAGGAAGAUCACCUGAAAGGAGAAGAUCCCCAGCCAGAGGACGUUCCCCUACUAGAGGACAAGAUCAGCGCAUGGGAUCAAAUGAUCAAAGAUCAACUUCAAAACGAUCUAGAUCCCCAUUAGGUGAUAAAAGAGAAGUAAAUAUCGUCAGAAAAAUUUCAUCCUCUCCACCAAGAAAAUUACCAGAUAUUGUAAGAAGAUCUUCCCCUUCAAGACAUCAAAGGAGGUCCCCUCCCAGAGGCAAAUCUCCACCAAGGGAGGUAAGGCAAAUCAGGCAUGGCCCAUCAUCAAAUGGACCACAAAGUGAAAUGAGACCACCAAAUGAAAGACAUGGAUCUCGGUCAAAUGAUAGAAGAGAACUACAAGAUGAAAGAUCACGUGUAAAGGAUGAUAAACGGGCAGAAUCAAAUGAAAGAAGAGGUCGUUCAAAUGAGACAAGAGGUCCAUCAAAUGAAAGAAUGCCCCUCAUUGAAAGGAAAGUUCAGUUUCCAAAUAAGGAAAAGGGGUCAUCUCCACAUGUAACACAGGAAUCAUCACCCCAAAGACAUGGAAUUCCUCUGCAAGAUGAUAGGCGUGGUCUUCCGCAGAAUGACAGACGAGGCCAUCCUCAAGAUGACAGACGAGGCCCUUCACAAGAUGACAGACGAGGCCCUUCACAAGAUGACAGACGAGGUCCUCCUCAAGAUGACAGACGAGGCCCUUCACAAGAUGACAGACGAGGCCCACUACAAGAUGACAGAAGAGGCCCUUCACAAGAUGACAGACAAGGUCCUCCUCAAGAUGACAGGAAUGGGCCCUUGCAAGAUGACAGACUAGGCCUUCCACAAGAUGAAAUCCGAGGCCCUGGUCGAAACUGGCGCGGCCCCACUCAAGUAGAUCGCCGUGGUCCCUCACCCAUAGAUCGCCAUAGCCCUCAUAGGAGACGCUCCCCUCCACCUAGGCAUCAGAAUGACUUGAGCGUCAAGCUCAGCAACUUACCAGAGAAAAUUGAAAGAUCAGAAGUGAAGGAAUUCUUUAAGAAUUUGUCGAUUGAUCCAAGAAUUGGCUGUUAUGUUGAGUUUGAUAAAGAUGGCAGAGUUGUUGAUGAUGGAUGUGCUUACGUAGUUUUCACUAAUUAUGAUGAUUUCAAAAAGGCACUAAGUAUGAGUGAACGUGUUCCAAUGCAAGGCAAAUAUAUAUCCAUUCACCCUAUCAGUAAUGCGGAUCGUCAAGCAGCUGUUAAUAAACACAAAACUCGGCACAGCACAAGGUACUACCCAACAAGACGAUCUCCCCCUCGUACCAGGUAUAUUAACAAUAAUGAAGAUAGAGAUAGGCGAUCAAGAGAUGAUCAACCAAGAUCCAGAGAUGAUCGAGAUCGAAUUAGAGAUGAUGCAAAUAUAGAGGAUCCUCCAAGACGCGUUGAGAUUUCACGACAAGAUGAUGAUCCUGAUGGCCCUUCACGCAGAAGUGGUUCCUCCUCUCCACACUACAUUUUACGAAUGCAUGGAGUCCCAUAUAAUGCUAGCAUUCAAGACAUACGUGAAUUCUUCAAUGGGUGUGAAAUUGUCCCAGGUGGUAUCCAUAUCAUCAUUGCAAAAGAUGGAAAGGCAACUGGUGUUGGAUUUGUUGACUUCGCAACAGAAGAGGAUGAAAAGCGAGCGUUACUCUUGCACGGCAAUUUGUUCCUCAACACAAGGCGCUAUAUUGAGCUAUCUGGCACAACGAAAGACCAAAUGUUGCAAGAACUACGAGGAGCCGACAGAAAUCCCAAAAUGUCCAAAACUCGAGGAGGUGGGUUUAAUUCACCCACUUUCAACAAACCGUCAUCAAUUGACAAUAUAAAAGCUGCAGGACUAGAAGGCAUUAGUAAACCAGGCUGCAUAAUUGGGAUUCAGAAUUUACCAUACACUGCAACCAUACCAGACAUUCUAGCAUUAUUUUCAAAGUUUAACCCUAUUAAGGACUCUGUUAGAAUGCAUUACACAGAUACAGGGAAGGCUACGGGAGAUGCUCUGAUUGCACUUUCAUCAAAGAAGGACACAGAUGAUGCGCUGUAUCAACUCAGGCACUCUAGCCUAGGAAAAAGGCUACUGAAGCUUUAUCUUGCUUAAGGUCUGGUGGUUGGUCCCCUACGAUACAGUACAAUAAUUGCUGGAAUCUACAAAUAAGUACAUGUAGUCAUACAAUAUAGUACAUGUACAAUAGACACAGGAAUCUACUAGAAGACUGUAGUAGUCUUCAAAUGUUGAUGAUGUAAUAAGAAGACUUAAAAGAAAUGUUUAAUCAAGAGACAAAAACAGCUGAAUGGUCUGAUGGUGGUCUUUACAGAAUGAGUAAUACCAAUAGUGUGUUCAUCUUGAGUUCUUCACAAUAUGAACAUGUUGAGUAAGACCUACAAUAAAGUGAGCAAUGGAUGAAAUGGCAAUGGACAUUUAACAUGUUGAGUACCCGAAUGAUGGAAAUCCACAAAAGUAUUAAUUAAACGAUGAUCAUGUUUUGGAUUAAGUUUGUACUAAUUGAGUAAAUAUUCAUGUGUAUAGUAUUUCUUUUGACUGAGAAAACUCAGAAACAUUUUCAGUUGAAUCAAGUGGUGAAUUAUGAUUCGAAAUGUGACGACUUGAACUUUAUGUUGUUGUAGAAUUUUGGAAUCUUGAAACUACAUUAUCAGAUUAUAUAAUGUUUCAAUACAAAUUGAGGAAUUUAGAUACGACAUUAUACGAUCCUACAAUAGGAUUUUGAAAACAAGGUAAAGCUUGAUUCUUAAAUUUUUAAUAAACACGCUUAAGAAAAAUAUGGUGCCAUAAAGUAAUGGUCUAUUAUGCUGGAAUAAGAAUUUAGAAAAAAAAUUGAAAAUUUGUCAAAUUUUCAGGUUACUCGAGGAGAAACAACAAAAAAGGCUCAAAAUAAUAUGAACUAGAAAUUUAUGUGAAAAUACAUUACAAUAUGCAAAUUUCAGAAAAGGAAAUAUGAAAAUCCUUAUUAGAAAACAUUAAGUAUUUGUCUAGUGUAACAGAAAUAUGAAUAAUUAUGGACAUUCACACUAGAAAAUUGAAUUUUAGUGGUCACAUUUGACGAGUUGAAUACUACAAAGACACAUACUGGAAAGAAUAGAAUAAGUGUAUCAUGAUGAGGAACCUACUCGUCUCAACAACAUUCACACUGGAGAAAAAACUUUAUCACAUGGAACAUAAAGUUGAAGUAUUUAUUACUGGGAAAAAAAUAUUCUGAAAACAGUAAAUAGAAAACAGGUCAAACUUGAAUUUUUAAGUGAAAAUUGAAAGUGGAACAAGCAUAAUUUAAAGAUAUUGUCUCCAUAAAAAUAGUAUGACAUUAGCGCAAGGAUUCAAAUAAUGUAUGAAUGAUUGGAUGGUAUAUUUUUGUAAAAAUAAGGAAAAUCCUUAGCUUGUGUAUAUUGCUUUUUAUUACUUGAAUUGUGAUGAAAUGUUGAGAAAUCAUACAUAUCUUAUGCUUAUUUAGUGUAUGUGUUUGUAUAUACAUGUAGCUUGGUGUAUAUGAAACAAAACAAUUAACAAGAAAAGUAAGCACGUUACAGAUACAGACAGGAUAGUGAUUUGAGUUCAUUCUCUCAAUUGGAAUGAUAGAGAUGAUUCACACUGGAGAAAUCUAAGAAAAAGGUGAACAAUUUUGAUAAUGAUAUUGCAAAAUAACAUUGAGAAAAGAAUUAUACCUUAGUGAUAUUGAACAUUUCAGAUUAUUCAACUGGAACAAAAAGAACUGACUUAAGUCUAUACUGAUUCUUAGCUCAACAAAAUAUACAUACAUGUAGUACAUACUGGAGAAAUUGAGCCAAGAUUGGAGCACUAUGCUCAAUGUACUAAAAUGAUUUGACUAUAAAUUUGACUACAUAAAUCAAGAAGCUUAAUACCCUUUCUAGGAUUGUGACUUAACCCAAGACCUACUAAUAACAACUAAAAAACUGGGAAACCUUUUUUAAUCAUUGACGGAGGCAGUAGUUGUCUGAUCACUCAUGUACGCUUUAAGAUAAGUGUCCAAUGAUGCCUACAAGUAUAAAGUAUAUUUGUUAUAACAAGAAAG